CUUAUAAUCGUAAACACCUAAAACUAAGGUUGUCCAAACCUGCGUCGAUUCCCAAAACCUGCGUUGCGUGAAUGAAAGCAUUGUGUGAUAUUAAAUCCAGCUUUUACUUGCUCGUCGCCCAUCCCUUAAUUUAAUAAUUUCACUACCCGGUGUUCCUGUUAUAAGAGAAAAGUAACCACCGUGGCACCGUGAAUGUUACUAGAAGAAAAUCAGUUUGUGAACAAAUACAGUCAGACCUACUCGUUCAGUAACCAUGGUGGAUGCAAAUUGGAUAGAAAUUAAUGAAAUCAAAGGAUUUCUCACGUUCCUAGCAAGUAUCGAUUGGUACGACCCGUGGUUGAUUGGACUAAUCGCAUUUCACAUAUGCAUAACAUCGACGGCUCUCCUCACCCGGAAUUGUGGAAAUUUUCAGGUGUUCCUGUUCUUCGUGCUUUUGCUACUGGUGUAUUUUUCAGAAAGCAUUAACGAGUAUGCGGCGAUUAAUUGGAGGAUUUUUUCGAAACAGCAAUACUUCGACGAUAAGGGUCUCUUCAUAUCGGUAGUAUUUUCGGUGCCCAUCCUACUAAACUGCAUGUUAAUGGUGGGGAGCUGGUUAUACCAAUCGACACAACUGAUGAGCCGGUUGAAAACGGCACAGCUGAAGCAACAGAUCCGACAAUCCAAUAGCAGGCAGCGGCUAAAGGAGGACUAAAAUCCGCAGAGCCAGGCUCGAUAUGGGGCUCGGAUCGUGCUCUGUUUUUACGGCGUUCGCUUGACCCAAGAAAAAGUGCAAACUAAGCAAAGGAAUCCACGAAACACUCAAAC